GAAGACAGAAAAACUUAAACCUGAUUCCAAUUGCAGAAGCGACAGCAGGAGCAGCUACCGGAACUGGGCUCAAAGCAAAGCACUGGCCCAAAAAUCAAGGAUAUGACACCCAGCAGGAUGUCUCAUUGAUGGAAUCUGAAGAAGCCAAUGGGGGAGACCCCUUUCCCCCAGCAACCAGCAGCCCUACUGAGGAAAACCCUGAUCCUACACCAGCCAAAAGGGGUCAUUAUGCCACCACUGAGUCUGUAGAGAUGAGCACCGAGCUGCCUGGCUCUGCAGAAGGAGCACAGAUCUCCAUUGCCCAGGAUCCUCCAAGGCAUCUCUCUGCUGGGGAAUCAGCAGAGAUGUGUGGCAGAUCUUCUAACCCUGUUCUGUCAGGACUGGAACAAGGGGAGAGAGAUCUAAGGCACCAGAGAGGACUCUCAGAGUGGGAGAAAGAUCCUGCAGUACAAGAGAUAUCUUUGGAAAGACAGAGAUGGGAUCACGCCUCGAACUCUGAACAGGGGAAAUUAGCUCAUCCUGAAAGCAGUCAGUAUUCUUCCUUUCCCAACACAGUCCCACAGGCAAUAGCCACUCAUGACAAAAACCCGCAGGUACCGGCUCCAGCCCUUCAUAUUGAAUUUCCUCAGGAUCAGAAACAGUCCCUGGCAUGUCAUACUGCUGUCCCCCAGGCACAGCAUAAGGAAACCUCAAUGACAGACACAGUUCCCAGCCAGAGGGAACCAGCCACUAAACACUUCCUGGUGUGUAAAGAAGUUUCAGAGGUUCAUUGCAAGACUGAGACUUUGCAUGAUGACACUACUGGAGAUCCCCCCUUGCCGGGGUUGGACGUAGCAAAUGGGACCAUCAGAGAGCUCCCACCAAGUACUGAAGCAGUGGCAAGGACUGACGAGGAGCCAUCUCCUGGGAUGGAUGCAGUAGUCAGGAUGAAUCCCAUGCCUUCUGUAAAUAAUGAUGAAAAAGUGGGAGGCUUGCAGGGAGGGGGAGAGGAUACAGACUCUUCCUCUUCACAUCACCCACCCUACCCCUUAUUGGAUGACAGCCAAGGAAAUUCACAGCUGACAGGAGGAAAUGCAGAUGGAAAGAUGGUCCUAUCAUCCCAUGAGAGAGGGAACAAUGCUUUGGCCACAGACCAGAAAACAGAAGUGGCUGCUAGGCAAAGUCCAUCUGGUUCUAUAAACCUCCUUCUGGAGGAGGAGAAAGGAGCAGAUGAUGGAAGAGCAGAAGGCAGCACUGAAUCUCCAAGAGAGUGCGUCUUCCACAUACUGAAUGCUGCAAAAAACACAGAGCAGGAGGAGUGGCAGCAUGAGCAGCUAGAAUGGAGGGAGGAGCCCGAAGAGGGGGAGCAGUCAGAGCAGAAGCAGCCAGAGCUGGAACAGGAGGAGCCAGAAUGGGAGAAGCUAGAGAAGGAAGUGAAACCAGUGCAGGAGGAGCCAGUGUGGGACAGGGAAGAUCAGAAGGAAAAGAGGUGGGAUGAGCUGGAACAAGAGCCAGGGAGGGAAGAGGCGGAGCAGGAGGCUCCACCACCAGCACUCAAUCCAGCGUCACCUUCUCUCUCCAAGCAAAACUGGGACCUCCGUGAUGAGGGGGAGUGCACUUCCUCGGCUGAGGGAACAGGGCUGGCCUCUCUGCACCAGGUUUCAUUCUCCAAAGAUCAGCAUCCUGGUGAGGAUGAACUAUCCAGCAUAGCGUUGAAGGCCUGCAUUGGAGGAGCAAAUGUAAGAGCUCAGCCACCUGCUGUGAUAACGUCCAAAAGUCAGAACCCAGUGGGUGGGAGUUCCAUGAUGCACUCCCCCACUUGCCACAUCUCUGCGCACUGGGGAGACGUGGGGGUUUCUGACCCUUCCAGCUUCAUUUCUUUCAAUGGCCAAGAUUGUGAAGAAACCUGUCAGGAUAACAGAGCCAGUAAUGGUGAGGAUGGCCAUAGUGAUGAAGAUGGAAGGACAGUCCAGAGCUUUGAUGGAGGAGCCAUCUCUCCGUUAUGCAGAGAAGUAACCUCAUCUGGUGCAGGGAACCCAGACUCUUCUGGGACUCUGGACCCUUCUUCUGGUGCCAGGAACUUGGGAUCUUUUGGUCCCACAGAUCCCCAUCCUGUUGCAGAAAAAACAGCAUUUCCCAGUCAUCAUUAUUUCACUCUAGCCUCGCCAUCAGAGUUCAACUCAGCAGUAUCAGCACCUGGCCCAUCUCAGGAGGAUGCUGAUGAAAGAUCCCAAGUGAGCCCUGUGGGAUGUACUGACCUGGACAAAGCACCAGUCUCUGUACAGGACACAUCCAGCCAGACUUCUUACCUGCAGGAGGCAGCUUCUAGGGAAGGAGCCUCAGUGACCGCCAGCACAGAGGGUGUCCAGACUCCCCAUGGUCUGCUUACACCUGAGAAGGGCUUUAAUGAAGAGUCUAGUGCCCAACCUUCCAUUUCCAAGGCUUUCAGAAGUCCCCCUCCACAGCAGAGCCUGCCCAAGGACACAGAUGAAGUAGAAUCUACUCCUGCAGCUCCAGCUACAAUGCACUUGGAGUCAUCCCAAGCACCAGACAUGGCUCUUGCUCCCCCGAAUUCCCUGGAGAAAGACCAGAGGCACCAAAAGCCCCCAAUGAGAAGUUUUGUUUUCCAGGGAAAGGAAGUGGAAGCAAACGUCGUUCACGCAGCACAACACAACCCUUUACUUGAUGAGUCACAUUUGAGCUUAGAGGUGGAAGUGCUAGGAACAGGAAGUGCCCUUAACGCUGUACCGCAGCCCCCAGAACAAGCUGUCGUCCUUGCCCUGGAGCAGCACACACAGCCUCCUCCUCCUGUGCCUGAUGCUGACCAGCUCACGCACCCUCCAGCUCCUGCGCCCGGCUCACCUCUGGCCCCUGGUGCCACCCAGCUUGCCCACCCUCCGGUGCUUGCGCUCAGCUCACCUCCGGCCCCCGUGCCUGACGCCGACCAACUCGCCCACCGUCCGGCUCCUGUGCCCAGCUCGCCCCUGGCCCCUGCACCGGACGCCGACCAGCUCGCCCACCCUCUGGCUCCUGCGCCCAGCUUACCCCUGACUCCUGCACUUGAUGCCGACCAGCUCACCCACCCUCCAGCUCCUGCACCCAGCUCGCCCCCAGUCCCUGUGUAUGAUAUCACCCAACUCGCCCACCGUCUGUCUCCUGCGCCCGGCUCACCCCUGGUUCCUGCACCUGAUACCACCCAGCUCGCCCACCCUCCUGCACCCAGCUCGCCCUUGGCACCUGUGCCUGAUGCUGACCAGCUCGUCCACCCUCCAGGUCCUGCGCCCGACUCGCCCCCAGCCCUUGUGCCUGAUGCCAGCCAGCUUGCCCACUCUUCACUCACCUCUGGCUCCUUCACCCAGCUCACCUCUGGCUCCUGCACCUGA